GAUGGGCAUUGCCCGUAUUGGUGUGAGAGAGUGAGGUCCUCGGUACGUCUAGUACGCAGGCAGCGACAGGCAGAGUUUUGUCAUCCAAGAGUGGAAUGUCGAACGUGAAGGACACUGAGAUUUGAAUAUUUUCUAAAGAGCUGCUUAUCCUGACCCUGAAUUAUUUAACUUUACUUGAAAGAGAGCACAAAAAGACAGACAUACAAAUGUCUACCGCACGGCUAAAGUGUUGCUUUUUCCAGUCCUUUCCCUAAGCAGCCAUAAGAUGAGCUCCAUUGCAGACAGGGAUGAUGGUAGUAUUUUUGACGGACUGGGGGAAGAAGAUGACAAAGAUAAGGCAAAGAGGGUGUCUAGGAAUAAGUCAGAAAAAAAGCGCAGAGAUCAGUUCAAUGUUCUCAUCAAAGAACUCGGCUCUAUGCUGCCGGGCAAUUCCCGAAAGAUGGACAAGUCGACGGUGCUGCAGAAAAGCAUUGAUUUCUUACGGAAGCACAAAGAAAUUAGCGCGCAGUCUGAUGCCAGUGAAAUUCGCCAGGACUGGAAGCCCACGUUCCUUAGUAAUGAGGAGUUCACACAGCUCAUGCUGGAGGCACUUGAUGGAUUUUUCCUGGCUGUUAUGACAGAUGGCAGUAUAAUCUAUGUUUCAGAAAGUGUGACUCCCUUACUUGAACAUUUACCCUCUGAUCUUGUUGAUCAGAGUAUAUUUAAUUUUGUCCCCGAGGGGGAACAUUCAGAAGUUUAUAAAAUACUGUCUACACGCACAUUGGAAAGUGGUUCUUUGAACUCGGACUAUCUGAAAACAAAAAAUGAACUUGAAUUCUGCUGUCACAUGCUGCGAGGCACAGUAGACCCAAAAGAGCCAGCUACAUAUGAAUUUGUAAAAUUUAUUGGAAACUUCAAGUCUUUAAAUAAUGUGUCUAAUUCCACGCGCAAUGGUUUUGAUGGUGCAUUACAGAGAUCUCUUAGACCUUCCUACGAAGAGAGAGUCUGCUUUGUAGCUACUGUCAGGUUAGCUACCCCCCAGUUUAUUAAGGAAAUGUGUACCGUGGAGGAACCCAAUGAAGAGUUUACAUCCAGACACAGCUUGGAGUGGAAAUUUCUCUUUUUGGACCAUAGGGCUCCGCCUAUAAUAGGAUAUCUGCCUUUUGAAGUAUUGGGGACCUCCGGCUAUGAUUAUUAUCACGUGGAUGACCUGGAAAACCUUGCAAAGUGCCACGAACAUUUAAUGCAGUAUGGCAAAGGCAAGUCUUGCUAUUACAGAUUUCUGACCAAAGGACAGCAAUGGAUCUGGUUGCAAACGCGAUACUACAUCACUUACCACCAGUGGAACUCCAGGCCGGAGUUCAUUGUCUGCACACAUACUGUAGUGAGCUACGCAGAGGUAGGCGCGGAAAGAAGACGGCAACUGGGAAUUGAGGACUCUCCUCCGACUAUUAUCACAGAUAAAAACCAGGACUCCGGGUCAGACAAUCACAUUAACACCGUCAGCCUGAAGGAAGCGCUGGAAAGGUUUGAAGACAGCCAGACCCCAUCUCCAUCUUCAAAGAGCUCUAUCAAAUCAUCCUCUCACACGGCUGUGUCUGACCCAUCAUCUACACCAACCAAGAUCACAACAGACACCAGCACCCCUCCUCGACAAACUAUAUCCGGGCUUGACAAGCAACGGUCAUCAAUUAGUGGCCAGUCUAUGAGCUCCCAGUCAGUUAGCACACAAAUGUCUCAAUCAGUAAUGAAGCAGACCACAGCCGCCAUCCAGCUGCAGCCGGCAAUGAACCAGCCCAUCUUUCAGUUCACGGCACAGUUUGGAGCCAUGAAGCACCUAAAGGACCAGCUUGAGCAGAGGACGCGGGUCAUCGAGGAGAACAUUCAUCGGCAGCAGGAGGAGCUGCGCAAGAUACAGGAGCAGCUGCAGAUGGUGCAUGGCCAGGGAUUCCAGAUGUUCUUGCAGCAGUCAGCACAGGGGCUAAACUUUGGUCCGGUGCAGGUUUCUACGGGAUCCACAUCCAGCCUGCAGCAGCUUCCGCAGCUCACCAUGCAAGGGCAAGUAAUGCAACCGAGCCAGCUUCAAAGCGGCAUGAACUCUGCUCAGCUGACAGCCCAGCACAUAAUGCAGCCUCCGUUACAAAACACAAGCCAGCAAGGCCAGCAGACCCUCCAUGGAGGACACAAUCAGCAGACCUCUCUCACCACCCAGACGACGGGGACUCUCACUGCUCCGCUCUACAACACUAUGGUCAUUUCUCAGCCAUCCGCUGGUAAUAUGGUACAAAUGCCGUCGGGGCUGCAACAGAAUAACCAGGGAGCUGCCGUGUCCGCGUUUCCUCAGGACAGGCAGAUCAGAUUUUCUCAAGCUCAGCAAAUCGUGACUAAGCUGGUGACGACUCCUGUGGCUUGUGGAGCAGUUAUGGUCCCUAGCACCAUGUUCAUGGGUCAGGUGGUAACUGCUUACCCUACGUUUGCUACACAACAGGGCCAGACCCUUUCAAUAACCCAGCAGCAACAGAAUCCACAGGAGCCGCAACAGGGGCCGACAAUCUCCGGUGUUCAGCAGCCGGCUCAAGCACAGCUCAGCCAGCAGCCUCAGCAGUUCCUGCAGACAUCCCGGCUAGUUCAUGGAAACCAGUCUGCGCAGCUAAUACUGUCCCCUUUCCCAGUACAACAGAAUACUUUUACCCCAUCUCACCACCAGCAGCCACAGCCUCUGGCUCGGCACAGGGCCGACAGCAUGAGCGAUCCCUCCAAAGUUCAGCAGCAGUGAACUCGGACAGACUUCUGCGAAUGCUGCGGUGCUACAAAGAACUCAUAAGGGGCCGCUUACUGUGCCUGGUGCCAGUACCGGGGCGUCUAGAAUCACUACAAUGUGUGUGAAUGUGUGCUACGGGGCAGCAGAGCUCACGCAGAUCAUGCAAAACCAGCAUCUCUUCAGUGUUUCAUUCUUCUGAUUUACUAUGGACUCGGUUGACUGUUGCACAGGUCUUGCCUUGGCUCGGGUGUAGACCUGUUUGGUACUAGGGGUGCUUGCAAGCUCUUGCCUCCAGACAUCCUUCAUGAUGAUUAGUGAGAAACUGCUUUAUUUCUCCAUGUGUCUUGCACAGGUAAAUUUUUACUUUCAUAAAAGGACUAUGCCAUUUCAGAUAUAUUUUACCCCGACGUUUACCGUCACGGUGACUUGGUAAGAUUCUGUAGGCGAAAUCAACGCUUUGCUCUGUGGGAUCCAUUCAUAUA